UCUUGCACCACUAAAUUGAAGCAGUGGGCAUAUCAAGCCACGGUGCCCGACUUCUACUAUAUAAAUACUCGCGAUAAAUUCCGCCAAGGCCACAUAUCCACGGUUCGUCGUUCAAAACUUCCACUUCUCCAUUUCCGCUCACCUGCUUUGCGACUCUGAUACGCGUUAUCGCAAAUCCAUCAGCCAACCAUGCCCACUGGUGAGAAGAAAUCUCGCAAGAAGUUUAAGCGGGUGAGUUCGCUGAGUUUAACCCAUCCACCCAGCUCCAACGGCUCAAUCGCUACGCCCACAUCUUCCCGUCCGGCCCCAACUGAGCGAGGUCCGACCACGUCCAGGGCUCACGCACCACAUGCCUUUGAGGCCUUGUUGCUCCCCUCGGUCGUCCCUCGCACGGUUCCGAGCACUAUGGCCCAAUCGGCCGCCAGUUCCGCACGGUCUAAGUUUGCCUUGGCUGCAAGCAGACUGACACGCUUCGACCAGAAGCUCAGCGCUCCAGAUGCUAGCACACCAACCCGCUCGCUCUCCCAAGUCCAUCGAGAUCAACUCCGAAGCCUGUGGGCGAACUGGCCGUUCAAGUGCCGACGUCCGGCGGUUGCCGUCUUCCUCCAUGUGACACUGAAGUUUUCAGUGGGGACUAUCAGCAGUGGCCCACGUUCCGAGACCUGUUCACCGCCAUAUAUAUAGAGAACCCGAGGUUGGCUCCAGUAGAAAAACUGUUCCACCUCAACAAAAAAACAAGCGGUGAGGCCCACGACAUAGUGGCACAGGCUCCACUCACGAAGGAAGGGUUCGCGUCCGCAUGGAGCGCCCUCCGUGAGCGUUUCCAGAACAAGAGGCUGAUACUCAAAGCCCAGCUGAAGAUCCUUUUCAGUCUGCCCCAAAUCCGCACCGAGUCAGCUGCAGCGCUAAAAGAGCUUCAGAGGGCCGUCCACAAGUGCCUUACGACACUCAACCUCUCCGAGGUCUCCACAGACAGCAUUUUCGCUGACGGAGUGUUAGUG